AUGCUAGCAACCCUAAUCGUCCUUACUUACAAUAACACCGCUUUUAUCGCGAAAGCCAAAGCGUUGGUUCGUACGUAUAGCGGUUUCGAAAGGUUAAAAUGUACCAAUACCGGAGCUUUCGUAAAUAGCAGCUUUAAUUUGCAAAAAGCCUUUUUCGCAACAUUUUUUAAGUAA